UUUGAGUACUUGGAUAAGUUAGCAUUCUGCUAACUCCGCGAUGGACAACGGUGUCCCCGGCUUUGGCUCGUCGGUCGCCGCGGAAGAAAACGGACCGGCAGCCUGCGACGGGUCCUCGAUGGAGGACGGCCUAGUCGACGCUUUCGGAGACCUGGCUGCUCUCCCGGUUGAGGUCGGCGAGAGAAGACCGACGUGUCCACGGUGCCGUCGCCCUCAGAAGGUGUGUCUCUGUCCUUUUCUUCCACCACAACCCCUGGAGGUCUCCACAUGUCUGUACGUAGUGCAGCAUCCCGCAGAGGAGAGCAGAGUACUACGCACAGUGCCUCUACUUGCUGCUUGUUUGCCACAAGGAAAAUGCAAUGUCAUAGUUGGAAGAAGAUUCAAUGAGGAAAAGCACCCAGAGCUGGCUGCAGUGUGUCGGGACAGCAGGACGCUGAUCUUGUACCCAGGCCCCAAAUCCCAGAACCUGGAGGAGUUGGUGAAAUACCAAGAAGUAGGCACUGUAAAACAUAACGUCAUCAUCAUAGACGGCACCUGGAGCCAGGCUAAAAACAUGUUCCUCAAAAACAGCUUGUUCCAAAUCCCUAAACAGGUGCAGCUCAACAGGACUCUGUCCAGUCAGUACGUGAUCCGCACACAGCCCUCCAACAUCUGUCUGUCCACGCUGGAAUGUGCUGCUGUCGCCCUGUCCGUCCUGGAGCAGAAUGACGACAUCCAAGAGGUUCUGCUGAGGCCCCUGAAAGCCCUGUGCUCCUUCCAGCUGCAGCACGGUGCUCAGAUUCAUCACAGCAAGGAGCAUCUACUGAAGAACGGCAUGUACGACAAACCCAUGCCCAAGAACAAGCGCAAGAUAAAGAGGAUGGAAAAACUUGUUACUGACCACAACAUCUGCCCAAGAUGAAGGAGGGACUGAGCGGAGAAAAGAGGCCCUGACUCACCUCUGUAUUCUCUGCACAGGACUGUAUCAUCAGCAUGUAGCAGCGUCAGAGUACAGUCAUGGAAACCACUAAACUUUUUUUUUUUUUUUUCUGAUAGUUGCUGGAAGCUGGAAAAUGUAAUUUAUGUAUUUGUCAUUAAUUUUGAAUAAAUUAAUGACAAAUUAAAGCUACAGUUGAAGUGUCCUAGUGUGACAAUAAAUCAGGUUUCUGACCUUCGUGGUUUUAAAAACAGUUUACAUACUUCCUUCUUGCAUUUUAUAAACACUACGGUGGUUGUGUUGUAAAUGACUGUGUAUGGCUGCAGCUGGACAAAUCUAGAAGGGCUGAUUUCACUGAUGUUUUUUUAAAGAGCAAAAUCUUUCAUUUAGAUAAAUUACUAAAUAUUUGUAACAAUAACACACUAACACCCAGGCGAUUUUACAUGAAACCACCAAAGACACAGACGCACCGUAGGGAAAAAACUGAUAGCAAUUUAAAAUUGUUUUAUACUGUAAUAUAAAGUCUCUAUUGUUAGCAGUGUGGUUUGGUACUUUUAAAUAUACAUUGAGCAGUGUAUCUGCGGUCUUAAAGGUCUUAAAAAGCACUGAAUUCAGGUUCCUCAAGAAAGGUCUUAGAAGGUACAAAAAAAGUGUUAAAUAUUUAGUCCUCCGUAUUAUGCAAAAAAAAAAAUCUAUAGAAUUAUACCAUUAGUUAUUAUUGUUAUAUACUGCUGGGAAGUGCUGGAAAACUUAAUAUAUUAAUAAUUCUAAGGAGUAUUGUCCUACUGGUUUCCCAUCAAACUUUUAUAAUAUAUUUUAUUUUCAUUUUUGGUCUUUAUGACGUAUCACAUUUGCCAUUUCAUAAAGCGUAAGCCUAAACUCAGUUUAUGUGUUUAAUUGCACUUUAAUCCUUUGUCACAUUAUUUAAAUCAGUUCCAAAUACUGAGAACUGAAUCAAACGAUUUAUAUCUGCAAGAAAAUGUACUAAUGUUUAAGUCAUUUUUACAGUGCACAGAAAGCAAACACACACAUACCAUCGGAUCCAAACUGUGAUGUGAUGGAGAGCCACACUGUUCCAUUUCCUGUACAGUUCUGUCAAAAUAAUGUCACAUCUCAAGCUGUUUUUUGUUCUGAUAAAAUGCUUUCAAGAAGGGAAAGUGUUGUUUGUUUUACUGUGUAACAUGAGUCACCUACAUGUUUCUGCAGGUCUUGUAUGUUUCCCUGGCAGCUCAUUAAAUGCAUUUUCGGGGUAAAAGAAAGUUCUUAGGGCUAUUUAACACAAAAGGAAACAGUCUUGCACGUAGAAGAC